CCCCCCCCCCGCCAUAGUAUCAAUCUCUCCGCCGGGAGCUGAGUCGUCACUAUGCUUCUCCUCGACUACCAGAACGUCCUCAUCGAUUCUCUCCUGAGGGACCGCUUCGCUGGAGGAGCUCCCGCGAACAUUGACCAGGUCGUGUCCGACUUCGAUGGCGUCACCUUCCACAUCUCGACUCCGGAGAGCAAGACGAAGAUAUUAGUAUCACUACACAUCAAAUGUUACCAGGAAUUGGUUCAAUAUGGCGCCCAAAGUGUAUUGGAGCGAGAGUAUGGGCCAUAUAUCGUAGACCCGGAGACAGGAUACGAUUUCUCUGUCCUGGUAGAUUUGGAGAACUUGCCGGAAGAUCAGGAGGGCAAAGAUGACCUGGUUCGGCGCGUAUCUCUCCUCAAGCGGAACGCCAUGGCCGCGCCCUUCGAGCAAGCCUUCGACGAGUUUGAGCAAUUGCAGGAGGAAGCGUCCAAGUACACAUCCGAAUCGGCACCCCAGGGUGUGGCCGAAGGAGGUGCAGUGCGCGCCAUCCAUUACCGAGAGGAGGAGGCCAUAUACGUCAAGGCCAGCUUCGACCGAGUGACAGUCAUCUUCUCUACCGUCUUUCGUGAAGAGACAGAUAGGAUAUUUGGCAAGGUCUUCCUGCAAGAAUUUGUCGACGCCAGGCGAAGAGCUAUCCAGAACGCACCCCAAGUGUUGUUCCGGAACGACCCACCUCUGGAGUUGCAGGGCAUUCCUGGAGUGGAUACAUCGGGCUCCGCUGACAUUGGCUACAUUACUUUCGUACUCUUCCCGCGCCAUCUAGCGAACCAACGACGUGCCGAGGUCAUCUCACACAUACAGACCUUCCGAGACUACUUCCACUACCACAUCAAAGCUUCCAAGGCAUUCAUUCACUCAAGAAUGCGAAAGCGGACAGCCGACUUCCUUCAAGUCCUCCGCAGAGCCCGACCCGAGAGUGAGGAGAAGGAACGAAAGACAGCCAGUGGCCGUACAUUCAGAGUACAGGCAUAAUCUAGUACGUUAGACAGGUAGAUGGAGGAUAUAUCGCAGAGAGAGGCUAUAGGGGCCGUAGCACAGGACUACAUGUCGUAUGCCCAUCCGAGGACAAGUUGUGGAGCUGUAGUGGGCUGCACGACGGAGAUGUACAGCGAGUGAGAUAGCGCAGACGGAAGGGUCUGUGGUCAACCGAUGAAACAAACAAAAAUUACCACACCAUCAACCACCUAUCUCGAAGUAUCACGGUGCUCGAGCAUGAAAGCCGGACUAGCUGGUUGGGUCAUCCUCCUAUUGACAGCGUUGUAAUCCCAAUAAAGUGGUUUCCAGUGCGCGAACACCUGUAGGCUCAAUAAUCUGCUGGGAUCUUUACAAGGCUCGCUUAUGGCUAUCGCCCGUAAUUAGCACGGCUAUUGUUACUGCUUGAC